AUGGCCAAUCGUUUUAGAAUACUUUUGAACUGGAUUAGUGCUCGACUAAAUGAACACGAGAUCCGAAGUUUGGUGCUUAUGUGUGAUGUUCCUGAAAGUCUACGAGCCGGGUUGAAAGACGGAAUAAGUCUCUUUGAUAAUCUUAUUAAAAGAGACAUUAUUAACGAGCACAAGCGAGACAAGCUAAAAUUGGUGCUGAAAAACUUGAGUCCCAAGCGACGAGAUUUGAUCAGAGAAAUCGAAAACUUCGAGAACGGAAUGCCGACACGAGAUGAUGUAUCGUCUACACUGAGCAGUAAUGUGUCAAUGCCGUCCACUAUUACACCUGUUAGCAGAUCUGAUAUGAAGGAAACACGUAAGGAAACCUGUUGUACAAUCGACUGUCCGUGUAUGGUGAUGUCAUGUUAUAAGUACGGUGGUAAAAUAAGGUGGUCGUAUGUUGUCCUUUCAACGUUCUUCUUGGUCUGUCUCUUAAUCGUUGCUCUAUUAUGGUAUGCUGAUGUACCCAAAGUCAACGAGGCCAUCACGUCGGAUGAACAUGUGAAAAAAGCUGGUCCAUUCGUCCUCCUUGCGAUUGUUGUAUUAUUUCUGGCAUGUUUGUUCUCAAUGUGUUAUGUGAAGAAACGUCGUGAUCGUCAAUCCAAGAAAAAUGCAACAGCAGCUGGAAAUCAAAAUGGAAUGCAGGAAGUUUGA